GCGUAAAUAACAAAAAUGGCGCAAGAUUGUUUUGGUUUUUCAAAUGUAAUAAUAAUUGCAUUUACCUGAAUUCUAUGCGGAACCGAAGUUGGAUUCGAAGAGAAUAAUGUCUUGGAAGUUUCCUUGGUCUGAAUUUGUGAAGAAAAGGGCAUGUAGAUACCUGCUACAGCAUUAUCUCGGCCAUUUUCUAAAGGAAAAGUUGACCCUCGAACAGCUGAGUGUCGAUCUGUAUAAUGGAACUGGGAAAAUUCGACAGCUUGAUCUGGACGUCGAGGCCAUAAAUGAGGUUUUGGACAACAGUAAUCUACCAGUUGAGAUUGUGGAUGGUUUUAUAGAUGAAAUAGCUGUAUCUAUACCAUGGACAGCUCUCAUACAGAGCAGUACAGAGAUGGAGAUCCGGGGGCUGGAACUGACCCUACAGCCAAAACAGAGGAGCAGCAAUGCCCAAGGCCUGGAGACCAUGUUUUGCAGUAUGAACAGUAGCAUGACCACCAGUCUACAGAUAGCAGAGGAGUGUCUGAAGGAGGACCGAGCCAAACCGUUCAGAGGUCGUGAAGGCAGCCUCGGAGAUGAUGGGGGUCAGCAGUUUGAAGGAGUACAGAAGUUUGCUCAGACUAUCGAUUCGGUGCUUUGUAGGGUGAAAGUUACUUUGGUGGACACUGUGAUACGACUUGAGCACCUCCCCAACAGUGCUGAAACAGGGGUGGCACUAGAAAUCAGGAUCAAAAGAAUGGAGUACUUUGAUGACAUGGCUGAGGGAUCUUCAGUAGACAAUACUGAAUUUGCUAAGAAUUGGGAGCCUGCAGCUGUGGCCCACAAGAAUUUCCUGAUGGAGGGCAUGCAUAUUCUGAUUGACCACUUCUCCCGUAACUCGCGUCCCCACAGUAACCACUCCGACUCAUCCUGCUCAUCACCUCAGAAUUAUGACUCUGCAACAAGUUCUCCAUUAGGACCCCCCAGGAAUAUUAACCAAUCAUCUGAAUGUUCUGAAUCACCUGACCAGAAUGAACCAAUCCAAGUUGCUGUUGUUACUGGGAAGACAAGUUUGAAAUUAAAGAUAAAGCAAGCUGACUCCGUCACAGGACCAAAAUUGGAGACGGAGGUGGAGCUUGGUGCCCUACACAUUCUCCUAGCACCCAGACAGGUACACUCUCUGCUGGAGAUCAUGGAAGGUCUCAUUUCCCCAGGUACCAAUGAAGCCGCCAAGAGACGCCACCAGAGUAACAGGAACAAGCCGAUGUCUGACGAGGACAUGCAGAGAAUAGAGCGAGAACUCCAGCGUCAGAUGAUGGAGGGGCGGGUCCAGACUCACAAGAAAUCCUCACUUGAUUCCAGACCACUGAUGGGCAUGCAUGAUAUCAUGACGAGUUCAAUGGUCUCCAGCUAUAGCUCCUUCACUGAUGAAGAAGAUUGCUACUACUCCCUCAACCCUGCUGGGAAAAGUAUAGACAUGGAGUCUUCAGUGUCCAGUAAUUUCAGUUUGACCUCCAAUAGAACAAGCAGUACUGUGACAAGUCGCCAACCAAGCAGAGCUCCCAGAAGAGAGCCCAGUCAUUACAAGUCCAAAGACACACUACAGAGGAUUUUAGAUGAUCCGAGUGCAGAGAUGUGCCGUUACCACCUACGACUUACCUUCUUCACUGUUUCCAUCCUCCACGAGAAUCCACGCCCAGUUCUUGGCGACAACAAUGAACAGUCCUCACAGAAAAACAAGAUGAAGGUUAUUUCAGAUGCGUUCUUUAAACGAGUGUUCACUUUCCAUCCCGCUGGCAAGAGUGAGCUGAAAGAAGUGCGGAAACAUUUCGCUGAAGCGCUACAUCGUGAUCACUUGAGAUUUGUGGGGAAGCCGCUGAACCUGGAGUGUAUAGAGAAGACGGUGCCAACCCAUUAUAGUACAACAGUAGACCUUACUAUUGGACUGUUUGAGGCUGUGGAAUGUCUGUUUGACCGAAGGAAUGAAAGCAUGAAACCAGAGUACACAGAGUUGCUGGUGUUCCAUCGAGAUGUGGCACCCUCUCCGACCCACUCCAGCCAGAUGUACAGCAGCAUGCAUGGUGGUGCCCCCUGUGUUAAGGCCACCAUCAAAAGCCUGGAGCAACUACGGGGGUCUCAGAAAGCCAACAGCUUCCCAAGGACAGAGAUCAGUUUUGUCCUGGCACAGCUGGAAUCAGAGGUGGACAUCACCAUUGUGGACAGGAUCAAUAGCCUCAUCAAACCCGAGCCAACUAGACGCCCCUAUAGUACAAGUGUGGCCACCAACAUGACAGGCGGGAUGACUUCCUAUGCCCUGAGCCAGGCACUAGAUGAUGGUCCUGGUACUCAAGAACACAAGUAUGACCUACAGAUUUCUUGUCCUGCUGCCAAACUUUCACUCAGAUUUCCCAUCCCUGACCUUCGACCCCUAUCUCAAGUUGACAAGUUGCCAUGGUGGCAGAAAAACCUACGGGAUGAGAUCCUGAUCCUACAAAUGUCGGAUGUGCUGUUCCAAACCAGCUACCUGUCCUCACAGACCAUCUCAGAACUGGAGAUCACCUGUAGGGACAUCCAUGCCUUUUUCAAGAUCGACCCAAUCAAAGAGGAGCCAGAACCAUUUGCUUUUGUGGGUGGUGAUGAGAAUGAAGAUGGGUGCAACAACUUCCCAAGACUGUCCAUCAAGUUCUCUAACAAGACCACAUCAGUACUGGAGGAGGAGCCUGUGGAAUCAGAAGACAACACACCUCAGGAUUCUCUCCAUGGGGCGUGUCUGUUCACAAAGAGGGACCCCUCGCCUUUCUCAAACAAAAAGAACAUGUAUGGAAAAGAGGAAUACAGUGAAAAGGACCAGUCUACUCAUGUCAGUGAGGAGAUGAUUAUGCCUGGAGAUCGGAGGGAGAUCCAGGAGUUCCAAGAGAAGUCACUAGGCAACACACACAUGACCUUGGAGUUCUCUCUGCCCUUUGUUGACCUCUACAUUCCUGAUAAACACUUCUAUGAAGUUCUGUACAAUAGGGUAAAUAGCGACCUGUUACUAUGGGAACCGAUGGCCCCCUCACCUCUCCAGACACAGGACCCAUUACUGGCUGCGCCCUUUGACCUCAGCUGCUACCCAAAUGCCCUCCAGGAUUCCUUCCACAUGGCUAAGUCAGCUAUCAAGUACGAAUCUUCAGACGAGGAGGACGACACAAGCUUUGGCUACUACAGUAUACAUGACUCCCGUUAUCCCCGACGGAAACCCACCAAGAAGGAACAACCUAGUAAAUUGUGUCUGUCACUAAAGAUAGACAAAGGCAAGCUCACUGCUAUCACUAACUCUCAGGUAGAGAAGACCCACGGAGAAGUGGUAGUCCUCCUGGAGGAUGCCAAUAUCUUCACUGUAGCUAAUCACAAUGGUGACCCCAGCCUUCAGUAUGUCUGCUUCUUCAGCCACAAGGCAGAACUCUACCACUGUGCUAACGUAGAUGAUGCUUUAAAGGAUAAGACAGUCAAUCUGACACGGGAAGAUAUAUGUAGGGUUGCUGACCACCUCAGGGACCACAGACUGGUACACAAGACUGACCCUGGGGUCAUGGCCAAGUCCAUGGAAAUGUCUUAUGACAUGGAUACCAAUGAUAUGGUAUCAGUUGCUGUUAAAAUCAAACUGGAUUCUACACCCAUUAACGAUCUAACAAAGGAUGAAAAAAUUAAGGAGUUCCUGGUGGCAGUGGGAAUCCGAGGGGGAACUCUGCGACACAAGAUGGCAGCAGCUGAUCAGAGCUGGAUUUCACAGGUACUGGCAUUUCUUGAUGUGAAAGAUUAUGAUAUACUUGGCUACACCAUGGCUAAAGUUUUGACAGAGCUACAUGUACAUUUAUGGGACUGCGCUGUUGAUUACAGACCACUUCACAUCAAGACAAAUGCAGUGUUAAUGGCAGAGAGCUUUAGUAUUUCCAGCAAUAUUAUAGCCGAGUCUCCUACCUCACUUCUCAGAUUUGUUUUAGAUGAUGCAUCCCUAUUCUUGUCUCAAAAACCUGUGAACACAAUGCCAAACUUGAGGAAAGAUUAUGUGUGUGUGGCGGACUUGGAGAGGUUUGAAUUAUCACUGCGGUUCAGUGAUGGCAAGGAUCUGAAAUUUCCUAAGACAGACUUGAAGGUUCUGACAAACCGACUGAACCUGCGGACCUGUUCUGACUCGUGCAAGGCCCUGAUGGAACUGAUUCAGUAUUUUGCCAAUGACGGAGAUCUGUACUUCCAUGAAGAGACACCUAGUCUAAGGGACAGCACUCAGGACCUGGUAGUGGGCGACGAGCUUCAGGAUUCAGCCACUGAAGAUGGAGAUGCUGUAGGGCUGACUGUGUCACGCCAAGGACAUCUAGAGACUCUGGUAGAGGACGCGAUGUUAGAAUCCCAACAGGCAGCAAAUCUCCCAGAGAAUGCUUCGCCGUCUUCUACCACAGAGGUUUACUUUGUUACCAAUGGCGGAGGGACAUCACAACCAGUGCCACCUGCUGGAGGGAUUCGGCCAAUUGUGAUUUCUGACAGUGCUGAUUCGUUUGCAAGUAGUGCAUUAUCGGAGCGGAUGGAGGUGAUGAGUGAUGAUGAAGAAUUCUGUGUCAUCGAUGACCCUGGACUUGGUAUCAUGCCACGGGAUGGUGAACCUUCUAUUCGAGUGCUGGUUACAGACCCUAUAGAGAUUAAAGAAAACUUCUUCAGCCAGCCGCUUGGUCGGACUGACCUGUUAAAGUCCCCAGACCACUACCCACUGGCGGAGCAGCGGUACACUCUGAAGGAGAUGACUCUAGUCUGGUACAUUUACGGGGGAAGUGACUUCAAGCCCUGUAACGUUGACAACACACAAGGAAAAGAAGCGGUGUAUUCUACUAGAUCAAAGGAGCAUGGGGAUGGGUCACCAAUCCUAGGUAUGAGGUACACCACCAAAGCAAGUACAGAGACUGUUAACAGAUCACCCUGGCAAUCCCGUGGCGGGCCAGGCAGAGACACCACAACGCUCAUGGAACUUCAGCUCACCAAGGUCCAGAUGCAGCAUGAAAAGUACCCAAGUAACACGGAGCAGGCCUCCAGACAGAUCCUCCUCAUCAAUGACCUUGAACUGCGAGACCGCCUCGAGAGCUCAAACAUCAACAAGUUUCUGUACCGUUACUCCUCAGAGAGUAUGCCUAGACAAUCCAAUGCCAACAUGCUUUUAGUGAAAGCCAUUCACACACGUCCAGACCCCACCGUGAGGGCGGAGGAGUGUGCCCUCCGUGUCUCUGUCCAACCCCUCCGGCUCAAUGUGGACCAGGACUCUCUUGCCUUCCUGAAAAUUUUCUUCACUGAGGUUUCUGGAGGAGGUCACACUAACCCCAAUCCUUCCCCACCUGAGUCGGACACCAAACCAAGGACAAGGUCAACCCCUGGGACCAACGCCCCCUCCCCACCUCCACCUGUCAUGGUAGUUGGUCAUCCUGAGAUCAUUGAGGAGGAAACAGAUCCACAGGAACUGCUCAUGAGGUUUGAUGAGUUACAGGAAGAGCAGCUUGGAGGGGAGAUAACUGCCAAUGACCCUGUUCCAGACUAUGAUAACACACCAACACAAGCUGUAGAAAAGACACCUUAUCAGCCAGUAUUCUUUAAGUCUUUCAUAUUUUCACCUGAUGUGCCAAUUAGAUUAGAUUACACCGGAAAGAAGAGAGUUGACCGAGAACACGGAGCCCUUACAGGGUUAUUAGCAGGGCUGGCCCAGCUCAAUUGCUCAGAGCUGAAAUUGAAAGGUAUCAAUCACCAGCAUGGAUUGUUAGGAUUUGACCGUCUUCUCCAGUACACAGCAAAUGAAUGGCUGACCGACAUCAGGAAGAACCAGCUUCCCAGUAUACUUGGUGGUGUGGGACCUAUGCACUCCUUUGUCCAGCUUGCCCAGGGUAUGAAGGAUCUGUUCUGGCUGCCUGUUGAGCAGUACAGGAAAGAUGGGCGGAUUGUACGGGGUAUCCAGCGUGGGGCGAGUUCCUUUACUACCUCCACAGCCAUGGCCGUGCUCGAACUAACCAACAGAGUGGUCCAGUCUGUACAGUAUGUAGCUGAGGUGACGUUUGAUAUGGUAUCUCCUGGACCCAGCGUACGAACAAAGGGACUGCGGAGAAGAAAGAAGUAUGGGCGAUCUGGCCAGCCAGCUGACCUCAGAGAGGGAAUGACCAACGCUUACAUAGUAUUGAAGGAGGGCUUCUCUGACACAGCCCAGAACAUGGUGAUCGUCGCAUCCAAAGAACAUGAGCAGAAGGGUGUGACAGGAGCCAUGGGAGGUGUGAUUCGUCAGAUCCCACCAACAGUUAUCUCCCCUCUCAUCAUUGCCUCCGAGGCUACGUCUAACGUGCUAGGAGGAAUGAGGAACCAGAUCAAACCGGAUGCUCGUAAGGAGGAUGAGGAAAAAUGGAAGUCUGAGUUUAUCAGUUAACACAUUGAUAUCCUGAACUAUAUGGUUACCCUGAACUUUGGUACCACCGUAAUGGUUGUAGGCUGUAGACGGCUGCUGUACCGGAAGUUUGGGGUAGAUGGUGUGAACUAGGUGAUCGAUGAAAGGACAGAGAUAGAGUGUGUGAACUAGGUGAUCGAUGAAAGGACAGACAGAGUGUGUGACUUUUUGUGAUCCUUAAGAUGAGUUUGUGUAAGUGAGAUAAAGAAUGAGAAGAAAUUCUUUCUUAAAGCUGCUGGUUUGAUUUCAGUUAGAGCAAGUGCAAGAUAAUUGACAUUCACUUCUUGUAUUGCAAAUACAUACGAUACAGUGGUGUGGAAAACACUGUUAAACAGCAGAAAUAUAUAUAAAGGUGUCCGACUGUUACAAAAGUCAGCUUAUAAUUUGAGAUUUAUCAUAUACAUAUACUGUAUAACAGGCAAUAUUUGCAGUAGUCUUAAUUUCACAUGCUAGGUGCCAUUUCAACACUUCCAUUUAUUUUAGAAUAUGUAUAUAUACCUUUACCAUCAUGAUACCUCUAAUUUAACAAUGCAUGAAUAACAUCUUUCAUGAACGAAUCGCCUAUCCUGUUAUACAGUACCACUGAAGCAGUUCACAGUCAAUACCAUAGUUCUUAUAUCACUUUGGGAUACCGUGAGUAUUAACCUGACCUGGUGUUUAUUGAGGCUGUAUAAUACUACACAUCAGUACUUGUAUUGUAACAGUUGGAUUUAGCCACACUCAACCUGAUGUCAGAGAGAAUCUAUUGUGUAUAAAUGUGUGAUAUAGGUACUAUACAGGGCUUUCAUUCUCAACGUGAUAUUCAGUGUUUCUCUUGUGAAAUGUACUUUUUUAAUCAUUAAGAAAUAUUUGUUCAUCAGCAUUGAUCAGAUCGGGCCCCAGACACGAUACCUAAAUGUAGUAUUAGAAGCUGUUGGUGUUGUGUUGUAGCCACAUAUUGUCCCUGUAAUAAAACCCAGAGUACCAGGAGUAUGAUUAACAGUGUAUGUAGCUGUACUACAAAGCUUGUGUUUUUGGGGAGAUUAAAGUUACAUAUUGUAUAUAGGGUAUUUUCUAAAUAAUGUUAUUCUCCUAUGAUAAUGUUCAUCAUGGAAUGGGAAACCAAGGAUGUCAACAUAAAAGUGAACAUUUCUUAAAUAAUUAAAAAACACAAUUCUAAUUGUAAUUAAAUACAGUGUUUUAAAAUAAUAUAUCUCUAGUGAUGUCACGACAAUAAACACGAGAGAGAAUGUCUGUAAGGUUGGUUGGUUGACGGGUUUAUCGCCUACAUGACUCCACCCAUGCAGGUUUCGUCUCCCUGAUGGAGGUCGGUGUUCUGUCGGCGUGUCUGUAAGGUUACGAUGGUGUAUAUUUAUACUGUAAAAGCCAAGAUAUAACUGAUCUUGUCAUGUGAAGUACUGUUGUUACUAUGUGUACCGUGUUGCUUGUUUAGGUUCAGUGGGAUGGCGUACGUCUAUAUGUAGUGGGAUGGAUAGGAUUAGCUAUUUUAGCAGGUAUUAAGGGUGAAAAAGAUAUGUAUAAACAUUUUUGGGGGGAUAGAUAGUGUAAGGAGAGCUAUACAUUACUGGUCUAUUUGUAGGAUAGGUGUUAAUUAACACAAAAGGAGCGGUGUUCAGGGGUAGCAGAGUAGCUGAUGAUUUGGGAUGUAAACAUAUCUAAGCUACAGAGAACACUGUAUGGAAUAUACCAGGUACAAAAAGGGUUGGAUUUAUCCAAAAUGUCUGUUCUCAAGACUCGACUGUUGACAAAGCCAAUGAUGCUUUCAAAGUUCAAAUUAGCCUCUAUAUAUAAUUAUGUUAAAAUAUCCCUAUUUAAAUUAAGUUUAGUUCUUUUAACUCACAUUUACCUUGUUGAUCACGGUACAGUGACUAAAAUACUUUAAUCAACAAGGUAAAAAAUCCAGAUCUUGUGUGGUUUUGCCAUCAUUCGAGUCUCGGUACAAACAUUUCAUAUUGAUCCAAACAUUUGUCUACCGCUAUAGAUUCCCUACAGUGGAGGAGGUCAAUAUAUAAUGACAGUGACUUUGUACUGACGAGGCAUUGAGGUCUGUGAUACAUUAUCUGUUGGAUUUAAUAUAAUUGUAUAUAUGAGAAGCAAUACGUUUGUUAUUUGAACAGCUAUCGGUUCUCACACAUAGUUAGGUAAAUCUGGUUUAAUCUGUUGCAAUAAUGUAUGUAGAAAUGAUUAUAGUUAGUUUUGUAGUGUGCUUGUCAAUAAGUAUGAAUACACUAUAUGCACUGUGUAUUAUGUAUUAAGUUUUUACCGCAGUGCACAACAUAUAGACUGAACCUUCUUGGAUCUGUAUUACAUUACCUGAUGUCUCUGCUGAAUUUCCCUGUGUUUGAGAUAGGUUGUGAGAUAGAUCAAUGUUAAGUUAAUGAAAACAAUAAAUAUUAAUAUGGAGUGAUUUGUUUAACUGGUUCAGUUCUGUGUGAUAUAAAUCAGUCUUUGGCUGAUGAAAAAUUUAACUCAUCAGUUCUGCAAUACAUUUGUAUUUUUUUCCCCCACAAAAAUAGAUGUAUGUAUUGAUGUAACAUCCCAUGUUGCACUUAAUAAAAAUAUCAGUAUCAUUGUUUGAUUCUCAGAAAUAUGACUUCCUUCAUACUUUUUAUCAUUUUAUAUUAUGAGAUUGAAGUAGACUGGUUACCAGCCCCUAAGUUUUUAUGCAGAAUUAUCUAGCUGCAGUUUACUAAAGCUUAUCUCCCCCUAUACUAAAGCUUAUCUCCCCCUAGUUUGAGAGCUCUAGAAUCAGAUAUCCAAGUGAUCAAAAUUAUGAAGUUAUUUUUUUUUCAAAACGAUUCAAUAUUCUAGAGACGGUGGCCUAUUGAUGUGGUCUGACCAACUCUACAGAGAUGCUUUGGUAUGUAAGAGACCAUGUGUUUACAGAUUAGCAAGUUGUGCGACAUUCUAUAAACAAAAACAUCUCCUGUAUCUGGACUAUGGUUUCACAUGCAUGGAGACAGACCAGGAGGACAACAUACAUCAUGCGUGUAGCCAUGUACAAUACAUGACACGAAAUUCAUAUCGGAAUGUUUUUUAUUUGAAUGAUGAUCCUGGUCAGAUAAAUAAAAAAUCUUUGACCAUUUGCUCUUCCAUGUGAUUCAAGAAAUACUCCAGUACAAAUAUGAACCCACAAAAUUAAGUUUAUAAUCAAGUUAAUUUGAAUUCAUCUUCAUAUCAUUGCCAAUGCUGUCAAAAGUAUCAAUUAUCUGAAUUAGAAAGCAUAAUAUUGUGUUUUGUUACCAUGGUAUUUUUAUUUUUCAUAUUUUCUGCAGCAGGUUCUAGAUUCAUAACAGCUAGAAAUUUAAGUUGGAUUACAUUUCAGCAUGUUCAGUAGUGAAUUUGCUUUUGUACCAUUAAAUGCUUCCUGGUAGUAGACAAAAUGUGUGUAAGCUGGCCUUAAAUAUCUCACUUGUUCAUGUCAACACAGCAGUACAUGUAGACUGAAAUGUGGUACAUUCUGAUGCAUCAGAUAGUGGAUGAGUUUAAGAAGAAGAAAUUGUAAUUCAGUCAUCAGUUUUUUUAACAAGUCAUCAUAAAAUCCAAAGUAACCCUGCUUGAGGUACCACACCUUAGAAAAACAGAACAAGUAGUGAGGUCUAAAACAGGUCCACACACAAAGAAUAAUAAAACAUGGGUAUGAAAGGGUCUUGUUCAAGAGCAUCUUUUAUAAGGAUGAUCCCUCUCGAGAAUUGUAAAGUCUAACUCCAUUUUGUGGGCAUAUUCCGGCAGAAGUCGCGCAGAUAUCUUAAAGUUACCAUUAAAAGGUGGUGAUAAAAAGUGUUGUGUAUCCAUUUCGGUUUCAAAUGUCCAAUCACAUGUCCAUGAGAAACUCUUGAACCAAAUUGGCUUGCUCAAGUGUGUUACUGUAACUGUCACAGGUGUACAGUGAGUAACUGUUUCAGUGUUACACAGCGAUAGUGAUGUAAUGCUGGUUUACAACAGUAGAUAGACAUGUUCAUGCUAGCUCAUACAAUUGAUAUCUGGGCAGUCGUGGUGAUGGCUACUUCUGCUGUCCCUAGCUUACCAUAUUUACAGAAUAUAAACAUACUUGAUGUUUCAUUAAUGAAAGGAUAUGUAGCACCGUUAACCUUGAAUAUUCUAAAUCAUGUUGAUGUGCAUUGAGAAUUAAUAAGCUAGCUUUCAAGACAUCAUGUCGGGGACCAUCCUGUCAGUUUUGAAAUACAGACCAAGCCAGUCUCUGCGAGUACAUACUUACUAGUGCAAGCAUUAGGUUAUCACGCUUUUUUUAGCGACAUAUCAUAAUGCACCGACACAGCAGUUCUACAAUGACUGUGAUUGUUCAAAGUGUCGGUGUACAGAUGGGUUGUAUAUAAUUACACGUUACUACAGUAGUCCGGAUAUACAGAGUUAAUUUGAUAUCAUACAACACUAGCGUGGAACUGCAGUAUUGUGAUGUGAUUGUAGCAUAUAAGUUAUGCCAUUAUGCCCAGAAUUACCGCAUCCCAAAUCUAGUGUGUUUUAUUCUAUUCUUGUCUUUCAUAUUGCACAUGUUAACUGGUGCUAUGUGGUAGGUUGCACUGUGCUGUGUGUGUGCUUGUCAGAUUAUACAGAUAGUUAGACAUCAUGUUACUGGUCAUAUAAUAAAAUUUCUGUUCACUACAGAAGAAAAUCUUUUAACAAAAA